AUGAAGGUAGCAAAAUCAACUAUGGACUUAGUAAUUUUCUUACUUGUCCUUUUUUCUCAAGUUGUUGGUCAAACUGUACCACCAACUGGAGGAAGUCUCUCAUCCACAACAGACCCAACAACAUGUGGAAUUGGAAGCAUUACUUGCUCCACAUAUGAAACUCUUGCAUCUAGUAUAGAGGUGCCAGUCUCCUCCCAAAUACCUAGUCUGGAAACUACUACAUCCAUUCCUGCCGCACAAGAGGGAAAUGCAGUAAGUCCCUCUGCAAUACCUACUGAAAAUGUGACAAAGAAUCAGUUUGAAAUCACAACUCAAAUACAGAAGAAAACUACUACUAGUACUACUACAGUACCUCCCACUGCGUCACCCAUUGCACAGAAACCAUUGGAGGAAGCUACUUUGGGCUAUGACAACAGUGGAAUAUGUGCCUGUGAUCUUACGUCAUACUCUUGUGAUAUAAACUGCUGUUGUGAUCCAGAAUGCUCUCCCUUUCACCGCACCUCAUUCUCCCACUGCCAAGUGGAGGGCUACCCUCCGUAUGAUAACCGAUACUGCUAUGCUUCAAAAUUAGUUUUUCUAAACAAUUCAGAACAUAUUUUAAAACAGACACAGAAUGGUGCAUUCUGUAUUGUGCGCUCAAAUCUUGCAGGAUCUGUGCUUUAUCCCUCACAUUCAGCAAUCAUAAGCAAUCAAGAGUUUUCUAAGCUUUGGAGACAAGCACAUGUAUCAUUUUGGCCAGAACCAAGCUCUGGCAUCCUGCUUUCAAUUGAAAAACCAAAGCCAUACAAAGCAGGGUCCCCCAUCUGGGUCUUGCAAAACAACCAAAUACUUUCUCUAGAGUUACCAGCAUCUGGAUUGACUACAACAUGCUCUGCCAUGAAAAGGGUGCCUUACCUUCUCCCUUCCUCAUCACAAUGUAUUCGCAAAGUUCCCUCAACCCAAAAAGAUUGUGAAAAGGUCAGCUUGGGAUUAAUCCGCCAGAUAUCAGGGAUUGUUCAGUCACCAAUGCUCAUAAAUCAGACUGGAAUGAUUUCUAAAAAUAAUGAGACUUGCCCAGGCUCUAUAUGUGCACCUGUUAAAUACUUUACAUGCUCAGGCCCUCCAUUUGAAAACUCUUCUGCUGAGAGCUGUAAAAAUAUUUCGAUUGACAGAAUGGUGUUUGGAUUAAAAUCUAGUAUUUGUCAUGGCAUUGUGAAGAAACUGAUGCUUGUGUUCCACCACAAUGGAACUGCUGGGCUAGAACAUGUAGAAGCCUAUAUGUGGUUGCUUAACAUGUCUUUAGCUGAAGAAUGGUCAACCCAGUCACUCCAUCAAUCAUUCUCUGUGGAAUUCAAAUGGAUAACCUCUAAUAGCACGGCUGAGAAAAUUAUGAACAGUACUGCUUCUCAAGCCAAAAGUGUGAUGUUCUCUCGCAGCGGUAAUAGAGGAUAUACUGUUGGGAAGCCAGUUAUAGCUGGAUUGAAGCUGAUGUCUAAUUCUAAUAGCAGCAAAGAUGUUACCAAUGGAUCGAGGGGCAGUAUCAAUUUUCAUACAAUUGAGCUGAGCCCUGAUUCUAAGCAAUGGAUAACAUUACCAAAAUCAAAUCUAUACGGAAUGUGUGAUUGGACUCCAAACCAGAGGCACAUUGUAACUUUUGGAGAGGAUUUGCAUGUGUCAUGUGGUGUUGAAGUCUCUCUUAAAAACAUUUCAUCUCAGUCCAUGUGCAUAGGACUAAGAAUGAGAAUGCUCCACCUUCUUCUUGGACAUGAGGGUGGAUUCCUUGAGAAUGGGAACCUGAUGUCAGAGUGGAGAAGGAUGAUAGCAAUGUUUGGAAAUGCGAAUGUUUCUAAUCCAGAAGAAUGGAUUCCUCUUCUAUUAGACGCUCAAGCUCCAUUUUCAAAUCAGGCUAUUGUUGACCAAAAAGAAGGCACCGAUGAGGAUCGUCUCCUGCAAACCUGUGAGAAUGUCCCACUUGGGAUCCAAUUACAAGUAAUGCAUGGUUUUGUAGGCACUACAUUAAAACCACAGUCAAGAAUUGUUGGUGCCUCUCUUAAAUUCACCUCAAUACAAGACAUUGGAUUGGCUUGUUCAUCGGAAACUUGCUAUCAAAGAAAUGAAUCUCUCCAUUUGAGGAUUGUAUCAACCGUAAAAUUUGUUGAUGUGUCUUCUCCAGCAGUUACUCGAUUUGCUGAACCACCAGCAAUUCACAUCCGUUUGCCCCCUGACUUCUUUUAUCCCUUCAUGUCAUCAGAAAAUACAGCUCACCUAAUUGUAUACAAUAACUUUCUUCUGCUUGUAUCUCUUCUAGUAUUAGCACUUCUACAUGUGAAUAGUUUUUACCACUCUUAAUAGCUACCUAUGGUACAUUUUCUAAAAAUUAAAAUUGUUGUUUUUAAGCUGCACUUUUAUUCAGUUAUUAUGUAUGUUUGCUAUAAAUUUAGUAAACUGGUGUUGUGUGUGACAAUAUAUUAGAGUGUGGGUUGUGUUCAAUGCAAAAUAUUCUAUUCUACUUUUCUGGUAUUUUUUCAAUUUAGUUGUAGUCUUUGCACCAAAUAUUAUAUUCUAGUCUAUAUUGUAUCCAAAACAAAGUUAUCAUUAAAAAGA